UCGCUCAUCUCUCCUUCGCUCACGUCCUCGGUUUCUUCCUUGGCCAUCGUGCGGUCUCUUUAAAUCCAGAUUUCGCUGGCAGUUCUGUGCGCCCUCACGACUCGUCUGGCUCUCGCUCUGAUUGCGCGCACACACACUCCCGAUAAACAGCUGCUUACUAUUUCAGCCUCUUCUAAACUUUGCUCUCAACUUCCCCCGGAGGAAUUUCAGCCAUUUUUUCCAUCAAUACGUGGAUAUAUUCGCGAAGAGAGCGGACAACGUAGAUAUUUGGAGUUUUGCGUAAUUCUUUCUGUGCCUGUUCAACAUCUGGAUUUGGAGUCAGGAGUUAACGGGCCGACACAAAACUCUCGGGUGUCUACGGUAUCUCGAUGGAACGAGCGCUUUCUUUCCGGAUUGGGAUUUAACGGUGUUGGAUCAGCGGGGAGACGCGUGUAGAUUAUGUAUUCUAUAAAAUGGGUGCGAACAAUGGAAAACUGUACGGAAGCGAGGGUAAAUGCAGUUCAAGCAUAUCUUCUGACAUAAGUUCCAGCACAGAUCACACACCGACCAAAGCUCCCAAGAAUGUGGCUAGCACCGAAGGUCUUGACUCCAGCACACGGACCCUAAGCACCCCCAGUCCUGGUCUGAUCCUGCCUUCCAAGUCCUCUUCUCUGUCCUCUCCGGCUCUGUCGAGCAACGGACAUGAGACAAACUCCUCCUCUUCGUCGUCCGCUGUUGCCGAGACCGUUGCCGUGGUGCAUCCUCACCCUGGCACCCGCUCCAGAGUCUCCAAAUCGCACCACCUCCAUGCACCCAUAGACCUGCUGCCUGACCACACCCUGCUCCAGAUCUUCUCCCACCUGCCCACCAAUCAGCUGUGCCGAUGUGCCCGUGUGUGCCGCCGCUGGUACAACCUGGCCUGGGACCCUCGCCUCUGGGGUACGGUGCGACUGACAGGAGAGCUGCUUCAUGUAGACCGCGCCAUCCGGGUUCUUACUCACCGGCUUUGCCAGGACACCCCCAACGUGUGCCUGACCCUGGAGACGGUCAUCGUAAAUGGCUGUAAGAGGCUAACCGACCGUGGGCUGCAUGUGCUGGCCCAGUGCUGCCCCGAGCUGCGCCGCCUGGAGGUGGGAGGCUGCUACAACAUCUCCAAUGAAGCUGUGUUUGAGGUGGUGUCCAGAUGUCCCAAUCUAGAGCACUUAAACCUGUCAGGCUGUUCCAAAGUGACAUGCAUCAGCCUCACCCCAGAGGCCACCCUGCAGCUGUCGCCCCUCCACGGCCAGCAGAUCUCUAUCCACUUCCUGGACAUGACUGACUGUUUCUCCCUGGAGGACGAGGGACUUCGCACCAUCGCCUCCCACUGCCCGCGCCUUACCCACCUCUACCUGCGCCGUUGCACCCGCUUGACCGACGAAGCCCUUCGCCACCUGUCCCUCCAUUGCCCCUCCAUCCGUGAGCUCAGCCUCAGCGACUGCCGUUUGGUUGGGGACUUUGGUCUUCGUGAAGUUGCCCGCUUAGAAGGUUGCUUGCGGUACCUUAGCGUAGCCCACUGCACGCGAAUCACGGACGUCGGAAUCCGCUAUGUCGCCCGCUACUGCCCCAGAUUGCGUUAUCUGAAUGCUAGGGGGUGCGAGGGGUUGACGGAUCAUGGUUUGGGGCACCUAGCAAGAAGCUGCUCGAAGUUGAAGUCUUUGGACGUUGGGAAAUGUCCCUUGGUAUCAGAUAGUGGGUUGGAGCAGCUAGCAAUGUACUGCCAAGGACUGAGACGCGUUAGCUUGAGAGCAUGUGAGAGCGUUUCGGGGAGAGGACUCAAAGCGCUAGCAGCGAACUGUUGCGAGCUGCAGCUUCUGAACGUGCAGGAGUGCGAGGUAUCUCCGGAGGCGCUGAGGUUUGUGAGACGCCACUGUCGCCGCUGUGUUAUCGAGCACACCAACCCGGCUUUUUACUAAAGGGAGAUGGAGAGGAAAAAGACUCCAGCGAGGACAAAUGGAUGUUGUGUUAUUCCUGCUACAACUUUGGACGAACUGAGGAGUAUUCCAUAAAAUUUUGUGAGAAAGUCAGACCUAGUAGUAAAGUGAUGACCAUAGGCUAGCUUGUAAACAAAGGCACGGCAGUUUCAGGUAAAAAAAUAAAACUCCACCCCUUGGGGCAGGACUCAUUUACCUCUUGUGUCUCAGACCAGUACCUUCCAAUUGAAAACAACCUCUGGAUGGGUCUUGAUUUAAAAACGGUGUCCAGAUGCUACCUCUGAAACCUUUAUUACCUUUAUCAGUAAUCAUAAUUUUGGACUCUCUACUGCAAAAAAAAACAAAAAACAUUUAGGCUUGCAUUCAGAAACUUCCUUCUAGAAGUACUUUUCAAUAAGAAGGUACUGGUCUGAGAAGCUACCUUCAGAUUGAAAAUUACUUCUAGAAACAUCUCAGUUUCAAAAACACAAACAGAGUCCAGAUGAUUACUCCUAAAAAAUGUUCUACCUAAAACACGCCUGGACAAAUGAAGGACCACACAUUUGCAUUCAGAAAAUACUUUUGACUUCUGACUAUUUUUCAAUUUUCAAUAUAUAAUUUUUGUCAAUGAGGUAAGAAAAUGUCAUCAUGUUGAAAUAAGUAAAAUGUUAUAUAUGUUAUAUUAUGAAAUAUUGAAACAAGUCAAUGGUUUGUAUGUCCAUGUAAUCCCUCCCCCUCAUUCGUCCAGGAGGGCUCUAUAGUUGUAAAGGUUUCAAAGGCUGAAGCAUCUCAAUUUCAAAACCUUUGGCCAGAUGGUUAGCUUAGAAACCAUUGCUAUAAUUGUUUGGAAAUUAAGUCUGAACUGCUCAAAUAACCAAAUACUCAAGGAAUUCAAGGCAUUUAAAUCUGAGCCCAAGGCCUGUUUCAGUGAUAAUGACCAAACAAGUUUUUUAUAGUGAUUGCACUAAGAACAAACAGACAUUUUGGUGAGAACAAAUUGUUAUUGAGAUGCUGAAUGGAAAAAUAAUGGAAAACAAACAUAAAACUGACUCUAUGUCCACAAAUUACAUCCAAACUUUAGUAUAACCAUAUCUGCCUAUCUUACCUUAUUUUAUAGAAUAUCCCUCUAAUGUCAGAAAACACAUGGUUGUUGAUACUUUUUCUACAAAACCUUCCAUUGAAUGUAUUUAACAUAUUUAUCUGUAAAAAGUUCAUUCAUUUCUUCAUAUUGUCCACUUCACAUUAGUUAUUAUUGUUACAUUGAGCACUGGGUGAGCAAUUGUGUUACCAUUUAAAUCAUUGUGAUAUAUUUUAUCAACUGUCUUCAUCACUAUAGUAACAUAAUCAUAUUUUAUACAGCUAUUUAUAAAUGUAGCGACAAACCAGCAGUAAUUAGACCAGCAAUGUACAGUUUUACCGUAUGCACUUUAUGUAAUUGUGCUGAUAAUCACUUCAACGGAGCUCCAAGCUGAUGACUGUAGCCCCAUUCACACAUGCAACCUGACCAGGGAAUUUGCCGAGCAUUUUGCCAGGACUGGGUCAUGUGUGAACAAAGCCACAACUUACCCUUCAUUUUAGAAUAGGCUAUUCUGAAAGAAAUUAAUGGGAUAUACUUGUAGGUUAGGUUACAGCUGACUGUCCACGGCACAAUUUUGGCUAUCUUCGACAAAAGAUUUCUUAUCGUGGGGAAAAUCUGGAGUCUUAGCUCAAAAUCGUGGAUCAGAGGUCUCACAGUGAGACGGGCAAAGAUCAAAAACUACAAAAGAUGAGCUACGACUGAUAUAAAGUGUGUGUGAUAUUUUGGAAUGAUUAGUGCGAUAGUUGAGCCCGGAGACACUGAAGUGCCGUGGUAAUGUGUUAGCUUUGGUUGCUAUGAAGAGGCCUAAAAUGUUCUAUUUUUGACUGUUUUAUUUAGCGAAAAGGCAAGUAGCUGACAAAUUUGUUACUUAAGUUACUUUAGCUAACAUGUAAACUAGCUCAAAACAUUUUCCUCAACGUAAUUCUGUUUCUAAACUUAAAAAAAAUAACAAAAGAUGACAGACCUGGACGACUGAGGGUUUUCACAGAUGUUAAAAAAAUAACCUUCCCGUCCCUAAACUUCAUCACUUCAAAUGCCCCUUUGCAGUAGACUGUCUCUCCUGACCCAAUAUUCUAGCAUUAACCUUUUUUAAUCUGUCGCACAACACUAAACACAAGUGCAUCAAAAUAACAACAGAACUCCAUCAUAGUCUGGAUCAUCUCUCCCCUUUUCCCUUUCAUUUACUAACAUUUGCAAAGUAAUAAUCAGCACUAGCGUGUAGCACUAGUCAUAGCCAACCAUCGUAGGGAAACAUAACCACAACUGAACUGAUCGAGUGCACCAUCGCACAGUGCAUGUGUGUUGUUGUAUGUUUUAAAUUCCUCACAUCAUGUAGUGUGACAUCCAGCAAUCUUAUAAGAUGGAAAAAUUGUGCGGUGGACACCAGGCUGAAGUGUGUAGCCUACAGUGCAGACCGAGUGCAUGUGUGAAUGGGGUCUUUGCUGAGUGUUCUGGCAUUUUGUACCCGCCAAUUUUCUGGGAAUUAUGUGUGAAAGGGGCUUUUGUAACUUGUAUUUGCCAAGUUGAAACAAACAGGUAUGCAGUGGAGUAAACAAGAACACAUUGCAGCUAAUACAGUGCCAAUAAAUGUUUUCAAAGCCUCCCUCCACAACUG